UCCUGGCAGAGCACAAGCUGCUGGGGCAGGUGAAGAACGUGGCCAAGACAGCGAACAAGGAGCAGCUGAUUGCAGCUUACACACAGCUCUUCCACACACAGCGGUUCAAGGGCACGGAUGGUGUGGAGAAGGCUGUGGAGAAGGCGAAGCCAGCAAAGGCUGAGGAGAACAAGGGGAAGGCAGUGAAACCUGAGGAGGCUGUGGAGGAGGGGCCACCAAAGUACACAAAAUCCAUCUUAAAGAAGGGAGAUAAAACCAACUUCCCCAAGAAAGGAGACACUGUGCAUUGCUGGUACACGGGAAAGCUGCAGGAUGGAACAGUCUUUGAUACCAAUAUUCAAUCAAGUUCCAAGAAGAAAAAAGCAGCCAAGCCCUUGAGUUUCAAAGUUGGGGUAGGAAAAGUGAUCCGAGGGUGGGAUGAAGCUCUGCUCACCAUGAGCAAAGGGGAGAAGGCUCAGCUGGAGAUUGAACCUGAGUGGGCCUAUGGCAAGAAGGGACAGCCUGAUGCCAAGAUUCCACCCAAUGCAAAGCUGUUCUUUGAAGUGGAGCUCGUGGAUAUUGAAUGAAGAAUUUCCUUUGCUGCUGGAACCCACUGACACUGGAGAAAGCUUCUGGCUGCAGCUGCUGCUGUAACUCCUGGAUGCAGUUCCAGCCGUGGCCUUGUAUGGAAUGCAGUGUUGUCCUGCCCCAACUGCUGUACAGUGACAUCCCAACCACUAAAGAAACCACAGUUUGUACAUGCAA